CGAGCAUCCAACCGAAUUGCGACGCAGCAUUUGACAUCAGUAUGCGCGGGCAUACAUCACUAACAGGAGCUGCGGGACACUGCCGACCAGCCCGCCGCCUUGUCCCUCAUAUCCAGCGCCGAGCGAUCCAGAUCACUGCGGCUCCGACGUCAGAGACGCCAAUUACUGGCGAAGACCCGUUCAGCAGCCCGGGCGAGUUGUCAAGCACAGCAGAUGCGCGCUUUGAGGUUAUUGGCGCGCCAUAUUCCCUUCUCUCGGUUUCAUUAUCAGCAUCGCAACGUCUAUACACAAGGCGGGGCACUUUAGUUGGCGUCAGUGGGAAGGUUGAAAAUGCACAAUCGACCCUCUCCCUCCUAGAGCCGUUUCGACGAGCCGCACUAGGCAUCCCAUUUCUUUACCAGCGCAUUACAUCGACUAGCCCGAUCACAGCCCUCAUCUCUACGAAAUCACCAAUCACAUCACUCGUCGUCGUGCACCUCAAUGGCACCGUCGACUGGAUGGUUAUACAGCGGAACGCGCUUCUCGCAUGGACCGGCCACACCCUCUCCGUCACGCCCCGGUUAAACACGUCAAUGACCAUCGCGCACUGGGGCAAUUCACAGAUCCGCGGCCGCGGCCUCGUUGCCUUCUCCGGCUCAGGCCAGAUCUAUCAAGUCACGCUCAAAGCAGGGGAGGAAUACGUCGCGCAUCCCGGUAACGUAGUGGCAUACACCAUGAGCGAGCACCCGCCGCUACCCUACCGCUUCAAGUCCUCCAACUUCCGCUUUCAGGUCCCCAACCUCGGAUUUAUCCGCCUUCUACAGAGCGUCAAGUUCUUCCGCGUCAUGUUCGAGACGAAGACGUGGCGCACGGUGGCGAACCUCGCGUACACGCUGAGGACGUCAGCGCGCCGGACUAUCUGGGGCGACCGGCUGUUUUUGCAGUUUCAUGGCCCAACGACGCUACUGUUGUCGUCGAGAGCGUCGCGGAUUAGCGAUGUAAUGACGACGAGGGAUGUCAAUGAAGUGGCGGAUAGUCCGGCUGGGUCGGUGCAGGAUGCGGUGACGUUGGCGAGGGAGCCGCUGGUUGAGGCGGAGGUGGCGCCGCUGACAAAGGUGGAUGCGCUUACGGGCUUCCACGUUGCCAGCGUCGGUAAGGACGGGAAAGUUAAGUUUGGUGAGGCGGCGAGCGGUGCCGACGAUGUUAAGAGGUAGAGGGGUGUGGGUAGUAGGGAAGUGUAUUACUGGUUAUUGCGCGGGGGUUAAAAAGGGGAUAUAUUGUACGAUCAGUGAUACAGUAGUAGAAGUAGUACUGUAGUAUGAGUCUGUACCACGUUGGUAAUCUUUGCUCAUGCAAGGUCGCGGCACCUCUGCCGUCUUACAUGGGAAACUGCUAAAUCCGAUCCGAUGCCUGUCGGUGCAUGAUGUCGUAGUACGUGAUGAACGUGGUGGACCUGGUGAAGGCGUGCGCGUAAUAUGGAGUAAUUUGUCCGUGACUCUGUCUAUGAAGAUGCUACACAAACGUGAAGAUAUUCCAUACUAUUAUGCGGAGAGAAAGAUACUAUACGCAGAGACGUGUUAUUGACUCCUUUCAAUGGCUUUCUUCUUUUCUCCAUGCGGAUUUAUAUCGUGGAUUCAUAGUCGGACUCGGUGUUCGACAGUGAGCCGUAAGAGCGAAGGAUCGCAGCGAACCCAGAGAGCGAAAGGCCAACCUGAUCGGUUCCCAAGGAUCGAUCAUCCCCCGCGAACUUCACGUUUGGGUACAAUGGCAGGGAGCUGGACCAAUUUGCACGGAGAGCACAGAGCAAAGGGAAACGCGCAAUUUUAAAGGGCCAAUUCCACAUAACUACAGAGGAAUUACGCUCCCAAGUCAUUGAGGCCGAGGAGGCCACCCAGAAAGCGACUACCAAAGGCAAGAGUACAGCGACAAAUAUCACUGUACCUGACCAAACCGAGAAUGUCGAGGAGGAUGAGAACCCAGAAGAAGUAUAUGGCUGCAUUAUAGUUGAAUACUAAAGUAAUAAUACUCUACUUUUCGCUUUCUUCGUGGUCGGUCUUCCCCCACUAUCCCGUUUACGCCAUUCUCCCGGUUACGCCACGACUUACGUUAUCCAUUAGCCCUGUCACAUGGCAGCCUACCCCGCUUGCCCCCUGUGACUCACACGUCACGUUACUAGGCCCUGGCCCUGUAACCAUGACAUCAUGUUACUGUAGCCGUAACAAAUGGGGG